AUGCCUUUUGUCUUGAUUGGGCUGGCAGCUUAACCAAAAUAAGCGAAAUACUACAUAUAAAUCAAUUGAAAAAUAAUACAUUAUAAGAGCUGCAAUUCUGUGGCAACAUCUUAGCAUACAUAGGAUCUGUAACAUGAGCCGACGUACAGUUUCCACACCUCUUUUGUAAGACGUGGCAAUGUCUGACGUCACUAGUACGCGGCCAUAUUCCAUUGAGACAGUUCACUUGCUUGCUACUUUCUUUUAGCUCAUAAAUUGGAAAAGUGGUUGAUUUUCCACCCGACUUGUUUUUCUGGAAUAACACGCUUUCAGAUCGGCGACUAAGACGAUGAUGGAAGAGAGUGGAAUAGAGACCACCCCGCCGGCCUCCCCCUUGCCCCCCCCAGGCAUGCCAGCCACAGUCAGCUCCCCUCCCCUCACUAUGGGCCUGUCCAGUCCACUGUCACUCCCCAGCACCACCAGCGUCUCCACCUUUGUUCCGGAGGGCUUCUCCACCCCUGUCGCCCCUGCUGUCUCCGCCUCCGUCCCCCCCUCCGCUCCCCUUCUUUUCGGGAGCCCCAUGCCUCCCAUGCCCCCCCUGUCUAACCCUCACUUUCCCCCGCCGCCCGUCAUGGGCGGGCCCCCCUACUCCGGCAGCCCCAUGGCGUUCUCCCCCCCACCCGCCUACGCCUCUGCCCCCGCAGCGGCGCCGCGGCCCACCGGGCCGCCGAUGUCGGUUCCACCCACGGGCCCCCCCACCACAGGCUUCACCAUGAGCGCGGGCUAUGACAUCACACGGGGGCACGCCGGGCGCACACCGCAGACGCCACUGAUGCCCAGUUUCUCCAGCGCCGCCCCGAUGCCAGGGAUCGUCUCCAACCCGAUGGUGCAGCAGCCCAUGAUGUCCGGGGGUCUGGACGCCGGUUCCCCCAUCACCUUCCCCGAGGUGGAGAACGAGGACCCCCGCGGCGCCGCCGAUCCCAACGCGGGGGGUGGAAUUUGGGGGUUCUUCAAGGGUGUGGCCGGUAACCAGAUGGUGAAGACGGUUCUUGACAAGACCAAGCACUCGGUGGAGUCCAUGAUCACCACCCUGGACCCAGGCAUGGCCCCAUACAUCAAGUCUGGGGGAGAUCUGGACAUUGUGGUGACGUCAGACAAAGAGGUGAAGGUUGCAGCCGUGAGAGAUGCCUUCCAGGAGGUGUUUGGCAUGGCCAUGGUGACCGGGGAGGUUGGCCAAUCCAACAUCGCGCCGCAGCCUGUGGGCUAUGCAGCCGGAGUCAAGGGGGCCCAGGAGCGCAUCGACAGCCUGCGGCGCUCCGGCAUCAUCCAUGAGAGGCAGCCCGUGGUGUCGGUGGAGAACUUCAUUGCAGAGCUGUUCCCAGACAAGUGGUUUGACAUUGGCUGUCUAAUCCUAGAGGACCCUGGGGCGGGCAUUCACAUCAAGACCUUCACUCAGGCCACGCCCCUGGCCUUGGAGCACGUCCAGCAGGCUCAGGCUCUGACUCCGCCCGACUACAGCCUCCGCUGGUCCGGCCUGCUGGUGACGGUGGGAGAGGUGCUGGAGCGCAAUGUGCCGAACGUGUCCCGCACGGACUGGCACCAGGCCCUCACUGGCAUGUCCCGGCGCCAGAUGAUUCAGGGCGCCGCCAAGGCCCUGGCUGGCAUGUACAAACGGCAGUUGCCGCCCAGAACUAUGUGAGACCUCCAGACCGGCAACCAGGGGGGAAGUGGAUGAGCGGCGAGUAUUUUGCCCAAUGGGAUUCCACCUCUGCUUUUAACUGUCCGUCCGGAUUGGGCAAAAAGCCAAAAUGCACAUUUCUGUUUGGGUUUUUUAAAAUAUUUUUGUGUAGCAAUUUUUUUUUUUUUUAAGGUGUUUCAAUUAUUCUGUUGUUCCAACUUGUAGGAAAGAAAGAUGAAUAUGGCUUGUUGCCUCAAAGACAGGGAAGCUAUAAUUUAUUUCAAAAUCGAAUUAGUUUUCCCGAGCGAAGGCCCAAAAAGAAAAUGCCAUUUUAAAGAGAUGUGGAUGAACACACUAGGUAGCCCAUUAAAUACUGUUUGUUUCUUAUAAGCGGGAUAUUUUUAACAUAUUAUAGAUUGUCCCCUUUUCAUUGAAACCAUGUGUUGUUCUGCCAGUACUUAAAUUCAGGUCAUGUAAAUAUGCAGAAUGCAGCGUUGUACUACUAUUGAAUGAACACGUUUUCCUGAAGGAGAAGAUGGUGCUUUGUAUCUUCAGAGCGAACAGCAACUGCCAACAUAACAUACAGUUUCUCUCUCUCCCAAUCACUGGGGGAAAAGCUCACUUUAUAUGGACUAGCUGCAGGGUGAACAUUCGUUUGAGAUCUUUGCAUGUUACCCGUAGUUAAAUACAAAUCUCUCAUUGAUGUCAAUGUGGGAUUUACACAAAAAAUAUUAUCCGGUUUGCACUCAGCCCGCUCAGCGGAUGCCUCGAAGCUGUGUGGAUCGCAACGUGCGCACAGAGUUAGCAGCGCCUUAGAAAGCAUCGGUUUGUAAUGUUUUGUACGUUGUAUGUAUACACGUGUUAAUACGACAUAUAUAUAAGUUAGUAUAACGUCCUUUAGUAUACAAUUUCUCUCUCACACUAAAAUGCAACUGUCAAAUGCGGACUGUUGAAGUUACAUUCUUCUUGAUCUAUACAUUUGAAUUUUUUAUUCCAAGCUCUGUUUCCGCUUUUGGAAUUAGAUGGGCUUGAUUUAGUGUGAAUGCACUGCUCGCCACACAAACUUACUCAUGAGUGACGGCAGACGUGUGCCACAAGGACACACAAAACUGUGCAUGACCUCUGGGUUUUAUUUUCAAGGCAGUCAACAGCUUUUCGUGGCUGCUUGAGGCUGUUAUUCACUCUGCCCAGAACAUAGAAGUCCCAUGGUGGUACGAUGCAACGCAUCGAGAGGUCAGUAAACACCGCUCUUGUCGGGAAGUUGUUGUUCAGCUACGCCAGAAAUAUUUUCUUUAACUCCUUGCUUUAAAUGGGAUUUAACUUGUUUUGUGUCCCGACUGACUGAUUAAAAAAAAAAAAUCUCUUUUGGUGUGUUGAAUUUUCUGUACUCCUAAAUGUGCCUUUCUUCAUGUGAGUAAAAUCAAUUUUGUUUCAUA